AUGAGUGACGUUUUGGAGCCAAUGGUAGAGCCGGAGAUAACAAUUAAGAUUGAGGAUGCGCUUAAGAAGGUGUGCAUGGUGUCGAGGACGUACUGCAAGCUUAGCAAAGGUACUAAGGAGACGCUCAAGAAGGUUCUUUCUGGGCAGAUGAGGUUUGUGAUGCUUGCAAAGGAUGCAGACCAGAAGAUAAAGACGGUUGUGAUGGAUCUUGCAAAUAAGGGCAAUGUACCUGUGGUUUUGAUUGAGAACAGGAUGGAUCUUGGACGAAUAGUUGGUGUUGUUGAGACCAACGAGGAGGGAAGAAGCAUCGGCGGAAAGGGAUGCUCUGUUGCAGGAGUCCAGGACUACUGCGAGCAGACGAUGGAGGCAGGGCUUGUGCAAGCUGCGCUACUGACAGGGAUUUUAUCGAAAUAA